AUGGCUCUGGUCCCACUUUUCGGGAGGAAUGGAUGGCAGCACUUCACUAUUCGCGACGUCCAAGGGCAAAAGCUCCAAUAUCGAGUCGAGGCGGGAAAGCGAUUGCCAUCACCACACUAUCCAACCCCUCAUAUUGAAAAUACAGUCAAAAUGGGAGGCGGUCCUAAGGUUCCCUACCCCAAGCACGUCUGGUCGCCGGCCGGUGGUUGGUACGCCCAGCCCGCGAACUGGAAGCGUAACACCGCCGUCAUCGGUGCCGUUAUGGCCGGUGUCGUUGCUGUUAUCUGGAAGAUCAGUGCCGAGAAGGAGGUGCGCUACGUGAUGCCUCAGGAGGGCCGGUUCUUCCCCAGCAGAUACUGGUCGAAGCAAUUGAUCGAGUACGACAGAGAACAGGCCGCGAGGAAGGCCAAGGAUACGACGCAGGCGGAGGCGAUUCAGAACUCAUAA